AUGGGUCCUCAAGGCAAUCUGUACUGCAGUCUUGAGAGCGCUCACAAGUUUAAAGCAGAGCAAGCAGAGGUGAAGGCGCGAGUAGAUGUCAUGGAGAUGGAGGCUGCAGUAGAUGCUGUGGAGACUGAGGCUGCCACUGAUGCUGUGGAGACCGAGGCUGCCAUAGACAUUGUCGAAUGGAGGAUGAAGACACGGGUUGGUGCACUGUUGAAGAGGCUCGCUAUGAUGUUGAAGAAGUGGCUUGGUGUGGUUUUGAAGGAAGAUGGGACUGGCGAAGUGCGCGCUCAGGAAGAUAUCUAG